GAACGGGUUUCAGUCACCACUAAACCCUACAUAUAAAUUUCUGUCAUACAUUGAGGAGAAGGUGAAGGAAGAAGGCGAAAAUGCAGAUAUUCGUGAAAACUCUGACCGGUAAAACGAUUACGCUGGAAGUUGAAUCCAGCGAUACCAUCGACAAUGUUAAAGCCAAGAUACAGGACAAGGAAGGAAUUCCACCAGACCAGCAAAGGCUGAUUUUUGCUGGUAAGCAGCUUGAGGAUGGCCGCACCUUGGCUGACUACAACAUCCAGAAAGAAUCAACUUUACAUCUGGUGCUGAGGCUUCGUGGUGGAAUCAUUGAGCCAUCUUUGAUGGCUUUGGCUAGGAAAUACAAUCAGGAGAAGAUGAUAUGCCGCAAGUGCUAUGCUCGGUUGCAUCCUCGUGCUGUCAACUGCCGCAAGAAGAAGUGUGGACACAGCAACCAGCUGAGGCCUAAGAAGAAGAUUAAGUAGAUACUGAUUCUAAUUGCUGCCGACUUGUAGUUGCUUGGAUUUUCUUAUCAAAAAAUAUUCUAUUCGGAUUUAUUUUUGGCUUUUUACCCUUUAGAGAUUUUGAUCGACUUGUAUUUGGGAGGUAUAUGAAGAUUUUUUGCUACUUUGAUAGUUCUUGCAGUUGCUCGAUCAUAUCUUUAUCAGAGUAAUUAGGUUUAUGUUUUUUAACAUCA